UGUACCAAAGAUCUUCAGGCGCUAUUUUGUCAAGAUGAAAGUUCUGCUUUGAGCAGACUGGACGUUUGGGGCUGUGAUACUCUGUGCUUUUUGGUCAACUGGUCACUUCAUUUUAGUGUAGGCUGUCCAUUGGUCAGAUUGACGAUGUUCAUUUGUCAUUUGGAUAAUUAACAGCGCAACACGAACCUUUAACCUACAGAUUGUUUAUUUCAGAUACCAUGAUACUCUCUAUACGACUCUCAGAUUGUUUAUGCCUGUGUGCGUCAUUGACCUUUGCUAUGGUCUCUGUUGUGACGGCUAAGAACACUAAAGAUCACUCCGACAGCUAUAAACGAGUCUGCUACUACACCAACUGGAGUCAGUACAGGCGCGACCAAGGGAAGUUCCUCCCUACAGACAUUGAUCCCCAUAUUUGCACACAUCUUAUUUUCGCUUUUGCAAAGAUAGACAAGGGAGUACUCGCCCCUUACGAAUGGAACGAUCUUCAAUAUCCUUUUUUAUAUAAACAAUUCAACGCACUCAAAGAAAAGAAUCCCACACUAAAGACAUUGUUGGCUGUAGGCGGGUGGACACAUGGUUCGCAACCUUUCACAGAGAUGGUGACUAGUAAGGCCAGUAGGCUGAAGUUUAUCCAACACGCCAUUGAGUAUCUACGUACUCAUGGAUUUGAUGGAUUAGACUUGGAUUGGGAGUAUCCAGCCAAUAGAGGGAGUCCAGAAGGAGACCGAGAAAGAUUUACUGCCCUUGUUCAAGAACUGAGAGAGGCAUUCGAGAAGGAGGCAAAGACAAGUAACAACAAGGAGCGUCUCUUACUUUCGGCAGCGGUUCCAGGAGGGGAACGUCUGACGAAUUCCGGAUACGACGUGAAAACUCUCAAUAAGUACGUGGACUUUUUUAACUUGAUGAGCUACGACCUUCACGGGUCAUGGAGUCCAAUCAUAGGUCAUCAUGCUCCGCUAAUCGGUGGGGAGAAAUGGAUGGACGCCAAAGGAGACUCUCUUAGUGUGGAGCAAUCAGUCAACUUGUGGUUGAAGCUUGGAGCUGAUCCAAACAAACUUGUUAUGGGACUAGCACUCUACGGCAAGACAUUCAAGCUUUGCAAUAAAGGAUUCGAACCAGGAGACAAGAGUUGCGGUUCAGCCAACCCAGACACGCUCAACUAUUAUGAGAUUGUCCAGAAGCUCAAGUCCGGCAAGUACGAGAAGAAGUGGCUAGAGAAUGAACUGGUGCCUUACGCCUACAGCCCAUCGGAGAAACUUUGGGUUGGCUUUGACGAUGAAGAGAGUAUCACGGCUAAAGUGAACUUUGCCAAGAAAAAGAAGUUGGCAGGAGUCAUGGUUUGGGCGAUAGAUGGCGACGACUUCUCCGGAAAAUUCGGCAGUGGUGCGAAGUACCCAAUGAUGAAUGCUAUCCGAAACUCUAUUGAAGGAGUUAAAGACGACUCUCUAAAACACUCUCCCAACAAAUUAAAAGAACUAUCAGAGAAAGACAAAGACGAUAUAAAAAAGACAGCCUCUAUAGAAAAGAAAUCGGCACAAGUAAAGGAGGAUCAAGUAUUAAAAGAAGCCUCUGCCCUCAGCCAGGAUAAGACAGCACAGAGCUCAAGUGAUAGCGACAGCAAGGCUAUUCAAUCUUCGAACACUGCACUUAAUGGUGAAACAGCUCCAAACGCUGUCCCAAAGAUUAAAAACGACUCGGACCUGGUUAAAACCGACACAGAAAUGAUCCACAAAGACGAAAUGAGAAAGAAAUCUGACAUCAUUGACUUGAAAACUGAUCAACAGAGUAUCAUCAAUGCCCCAGUGGUUAUUAGAAUACCACCAGCUCCUUAUUCUGACCUGGACAAGGAACUGUUCCAGAAGCCCAUGGCUGUUCCUCUCCAUGCUAACUUAUUAGCGCCUAAAGUUGGAGCAAGUGAUAAGAAAACUUCACCAAAGCCAGAACACAAGCAAAGAAGCAUCACCAUCCACAACACUGGCGCACAGCUCCGUGAGCGGCUAAAGCAAGUGCAUCAAAAAUUUGCAAGUUCUCAGACAAACCUGUCAUCUAACGCAGUGUCCAAUCGACCUGUAAUCACAAUCGACAAACCUGCUUCAACGGAAAGAACUCCAGUGAUCCGAAAACUUGGUCAAAGGUCUAGAGGUCAGCCUAAAAGAAAUUCGCCACUUAAAUCUUCUAGUGUAUUUGAGCCUCCAAAGGAAACUGCCUAUCAAUACCCGACAUUCAUUAAAUAUUCACCUAAAUCGAGCCUCACCAGUCAUUCUUUAAUUCAACAACCUUCUUUGGCAGAGGCUAGCGACACACCCUGGUUCACAGAUAUUAAGGCGCAAGAGAUGAACAAUCCAAACCAACCAAAAGAAAAGUCUACCUCAGGAAUCAAAGGCAAGCCGAAACGACGUACAACUUAUUCCAAGCCACAGUCAAUGAUGAUUAAUGCAGUUCCGUUUGCAAAAAGUGUUGCACAACUGAUUGAAGGCAAGAAAACGGACGAGGAAACACAGGCUGUUGAUAAAGCCAAAAUUGUAGCCAGCCAAGUAGCAAACAGGAAUCCAUCUUUCGGCAGAUACGUCACUUUACAUCCUGAAGAGCUCGAAGGAUGGCGAACUACAGUUGUAGCAGGAACGGAUGCACCAGAAUGGGUUUCUAGACUAAUGAUAGAGAAAAAGGAGCCAAUCAAAGAAACGGCCAAUGAGGACUCCGACAAUCUAGUGUCUGUCAACAUCCAGUCUUUAGAAAACCAGAAACAAAAUUCUUUCUUCGACAAAGAAUCUUCCGAGCUCAAAGCUGAUGACACUUCAUCAGAACAGGUUAACGAAAAUCUUCCUAGCAAUGAAGGAGACGGUGGUAGAAUUUUAGCAAAGGUAACACUACCAUACAGCUUAAACCAGAUGAAGCUAAGAAGGAAAGCGGCAAGAAGACACUACUUCCCUACUCCAUACAAAUCUCUGUCACCGUUUGCUUCGCAAAAGGAAAAACUAAGUCGCAAUUAUGACAGAAUUCCAAAGAUCUCAAAGUACUCUAGAUUUAACGACGACGAAAUCGCCAGCAUUAAGCAGUCACAUAUGAAAGCCAAUAGAAAAUACCAGAUGAACGCUAAGCCCAAAAGAGCUCAACAGCCAGAAAGUGCUUUACAGAACAGUGGAGAAAACAAGUGGUGGGACGGCCCAACUACAAGCAAGUCAACGGCUACAGCUACACCAGCGUCGCUCGUUGAUGAAGCCACUGUGUUUCUCCGAUCUUCAGAAAGGAAAAAAUCUCACUAUGAUCAGCAGUCUGCCGGGCUCGUGCAAGAGAGGCGAGACUCUAAGGAUAGUGGUUUAACUUUAGAAACUACAACUGCAAACAAAAAGGUGCAGACAACAACGGACUCUAAGACUGAGCACGAGAAGAAUAACAGGGCAAGCGAAGCUCAGUCGCCCACAAAAGAAGAGGAUUUUGUCAACUUGAACAGUUUUCUACACAAAACGACCACCACCCAGUACGUGACAAGUACGAGAAACCACGAAGAGAUCACGACGUCCGCACCGCAAACAUCGUCUCGUGGUUUUAAUCUACCGGCGAGAUCUUCGUACAAGAACAACAAACCCUGGUGGUCAGUUACCACCACAACAUCCGCGCCAUCAAGCGGCGGAAUCAAGACUUUCAAAAAGCACAAAUUUCCCAAUUCCGGGCGUAAGUACCACGGUGAAUCUAUCAACGCCGUUCAUAAUGAAUUAAUGGGGAUAUCCGACACACCCGUCUUUAAAGGGAAUCUUGAUUUGAACAAAAUAAAUCCAGAUGUUGCACCAAAAGACAAUUUAGAAAAUAUUAAACUGAGCAAGAAACAAGAUGUUAUUGUGGAUGAGCAGACAUCUGAAAAACUGUCAUUGAAAAACGAAAUGUCUGAGGAUGCUCAAGAAGGGAAACUGAAUGAAACAGAAACAACUAGCCAAGCAAACAAGGUUUCCGACUCCAACUUACCGUAUGAAACUGCGAAACCUGACUCCCAACCAUACCACUCCAAACUGACAUUAAAAACAUUUAAGCACAACCCGACCCCAGAGAAAAUAUACCAUUACCGUCAUGCACCAGGUCAGAGUGAAACGGAACACUCCCACAGACGAAUUAAUAAGCUUGCUGAAAACGAAAUUCCACACAAAGGUUUCUCGCAGCCGCCGUCUAUAAGCAGCUUCACCCCAGACAUUAGGGACUGGACCAAAAUCCGAAACCUGCUUCGGAAUUCCACAGUCGUAGCCGAGAUCAAGUCCAAGUUGGACGAGAUUCACCGAAGCGUCACACGCGAUUUGACCACCGAGAUGCCGACCGAGGAGCCGAAAAAAAUUGAUGCGAACGGCAAGAAAUCAAGUAAAUGGUACGAACGAAAGGCAGGCUCCGGAAACGAGAACCAAGUCCAAAUGUCUCCUUCUGUGGACACGGAAGUUGGGCAAUCAAGUAAUUCCAAGAGCUCCGUUGUAAAAACCAAUGACGAUGACAGCAAGUUGAAUGUAGAUUCUAACAGCCAAAGUGUUGAUAGGUUGAAUAAAUCUCCAUCUAAUGAUGAUAAAUCACUUUCUUUGAUUAGGAACGCAAAAGAUGAUGUCUCUAUGAACAAAGAUACUGAGCCAUUGAUCAGCGACAUUUCGAACAAACAGAUAGCUGACAGCGUCAUUUCGAACAAACAGAUUGCCGACAAACGCCAAAAUAAUGAUGAAAAAGCAUUAUUGAAAACACCGAAUACUUUUCAGGACGUAAAGUCCACAUCAAACAAAGAUGUUAGGAAGAGCGACAAAGCAGAGAAAGUUCUGGACGACAACGAUGGACUACAAUGGUGGGAAAAAAACAAGAAAAGCGACAGCAAGCUUUCGGAGGUUAUUGAAGGUAAAGAAGACUCCAAUUUAAUUCAGAGCAACGCACCAGUCAUGUCUGGAAAAGACGCUAACAAGGAAAGGUAUGAAAAGUAUUCUUCUCUUCGCCAAACGGGUCCCAGAAGAAACAAGUAUAAUAUGUCAUCAGCUGCGAACUCCAGGUCCAGUGUACAGACGUCAACACAGGAGGUGAGCACAAAGAGAUUUGAGACGACAUCUGCAGACACUCGAAGCAUGACCAAGAACUCCGCGAACACACUAACCAAGUAUCCCAUGAAGAAGCCUAGCGGAACAAGAGAGUUCAGAGAUUUCAAGAGACCCAAGAACUACAACGGCUACGUAGUCAACAACAUCAGACGCGAGGGGCUGAGAAAGAACUCCGCCAUUAAUGCUUACAGCAGCAGAAUGCAGCAAAGCAGUCAGAAGAACACAAAUAAUUCUCACAGCGAAGUUACUCAGUUUAUGAGCAACUACGGAAUGAAGGAUCCUUCUAGAAAGUUGGACUCUAGACAUUUACAGAUGAAUGCAGUUCCAGAAAAUGAACCUUACCAGCCUAAGAACACCAUGAUGAUUGAAAUCGUCACCCAACCUGGACAAACACAGCCUUACGAUCUUAUGAAAGAAAAUGUGGACAGAGUCACGGACAAACCAGAGAGCAGCUUUAAAUAUAAGACUGUAAAAAACACAGGUAACUUCAGCUGUCCGUCAACAUUCGGUAUCUACCCUGACACGUCAGACUGCCGCAAGUUCUAUCAGUGCGUCUGGUACGUCGCCUUCCAUCACAUGUGCGGACGCGGCACGGCCUGGAAUCAAGACAACAGGACAUGUGACUGGCCGAAACGGACCGACUGCUUACUAUCAAUGGAAGGCGAGCUUGUCAACUGAUCGUCUGCAUCACCGAGUGUUCAAAAGUGUAUAAAGUGACUCUGCACCGCGCUACUGACUCCUCAUUGAAUGUGGCUGUUCUUGCACUAGGCGGUGUUCAGUAAAGACAAAACCAAUCCGUUCUAUAAAUAUCGUUUUCAUUUGUAUUGUUGUAUUGUUUAUUUGUUGUGUAGUAAACAUACUUGAAUGUUAAUACAUCUUUAUUUUCUUAUAUAAAAAUAGCAAUGCACAUUAAAAAAAACAUUUUUAUUUUUGUUCAAGCUUAUCCGCAAAUUAAAUUGGUAUCUAACAAAUUUAAUUUUUAAAUAAACAAGGAAAACUAUGUC